ACCACAGGAUCCUCGUCUGAAGUUCCCUCACAUCUCUGUCUUGAGUUUUAAGUUUUGUGGGAAGUCUGUUACGUAUUCUGUUUGUAGGUCCAUGAUUUGAUACAAUUCGUGUGGUUAGAUGGCUAACAUUUUGCUCUUGAUGAAGACGUCAGACGAGUCUCUUUGCUUUUUAUACAGAGAAGCCAUUCUUGUUUUUCAUACAUAUUCGAUUAAUGCGAGAACGGCCGUUUUACUGUGCAGUAUCACACUGUCUUAUUAUGUUGUCGCUAAGAGUAAUUGGAUGGUGAACGUCUUUCACCUUUAUCGGCUUCCUUCACGGGACAACCUUGUCAGUGUGGUGUACAUCGACGGUAGAAUGUAAAAGAGAUAAUUUUGGCAUAACUUUUUUUGUCUUCCAUUUUACAUACACAAGCAGAACUUUUUAUAUUUUGUAUUUCAUUGUUUAUUUCUAAAUAAGAGCGCUGUCAUGUUUAUUGAACACAAAGAUGCAUUUAAAAACCAAUGGUCGAAAUUUCAAGUUAUUCAGAAUGCUUCCCGUUCCUCUUUUACGAUACAUCCGACGUAAUUGGAUCUUAAUACAUCAAUUCAUUGCAUUUUGCUUUCCGUAUUGGAGGCUUUACAUAAUGCAGUAGGGUACCAGGCUAUUUACCAUUUAGUGAAAUGAUAAUUACUAAAUUGGUAAUUACUACAAUUACUAAUUGGUAUUUCACAUACAUAGGAAAUACCAACUUUUUGCUUUUCACUACAGAUGCUAAAUCUGAAUAUCUUGAUUGCAUUGUUGAUAUAAGGAAAUAUCUUUUUGAAUUGUAAUGCACAGUCAAUUAGCCUGUAGUCAAUUACCUUGUGGUUUGAUUGUAGAUGACUUCCAUCAAGUCAUUCACGUCAACAUGUAUUGCACAUUGGCAGAACUUUGUUUAAUACUUAAUAAUUACUUGGAAAUUAAACCUGUUGCAAAGAAUGUUUAUCUUGCCAGCUAUAUUGAACCAAAGAAUAUGUUUCAUGUACAAGUAAGCAAGAUACGUAAGUAUGACUGACUGUAAAAUUUAGGCACUACACACAUGAUGCCAGCCUGUCUGGAACUAUGUGGUCAACGGAUACAUGAAUGGGACGCAUUUCUAAGCUUCCUCUAUAUACUGAUGUUUGUUACCAUAACUGUUCUGAUUUAAUUUGUUCCACAGAACAUUUUCUUAUACUAACAUCUUCCUCUUUCCAAUAUUAAACAGACUUUGGCAUCCUUACUCAGAGGCUAUAAUAUGUGGACAGGAGGAAAAAUAGUUCAUAAAAUUGUUUCAUAUUUCACAUGCACACAAACAUUGUUUUGUUUUGGUGUCAUUUAGUAAUUGGACAGGUGACACCUUGUCACAAUGCAGUAUUCAGUUUGAGUCAGUUUAAAGUAAUUGAACACAUUAUAAACAUAAUCAAUAUUCUCUGUUGUUUGCCAUGCAAUUAUUAACUGGGGGGACUGACUGUUACACGAAUAAGAAUAUCUGUACAACGUAAAUAUGUAAGAACAGUCUGAAUGAUAAAUAAUAAAAGAUAAAAUAAGAACUGACUGCGUAAGCAUGACUUCAAGUAAGUUGCUGUGAUUGGCCUGUGUGCAAAGAGCAAUAUGUCAGUUAUGCAAAUGUUGUGGUGGUUUCACCUACCAGUACAGAGCACACCUCCUGGUACAGUGUGGUCCUCUUCAUGUUUCAGCUUUUGAACUGGUUUUGUUUAACAGGCUGUUCUCAGAUGUACAGAUAAAAAGACAUUCCUUCCAUUCUAUUGGCUUCUUAUAGAUGCUGUUUGUUAUUCAGACUAACAGACAAUUUGAUUUAUGGAGAAGAAGCCAUUUCUGAUGUGGUGUAAGAAACUCGCUGAGCCAGAGAAAGCUAAAAUAUCAGAAAAACAUUCAAAUGUCAAAACUGUGGGUAAGGCUGUGGACAAGUGUUUUGUGUAGAAGAAGGAAAAUGCAAUAGACAGGCAGCCUCUAAACCAAACUGCAACCAGCACCAGUAUGUGAAAGAUAAGAUGUGCUGCAGUAAAUGUGCACCAGGAAAGUAUGUGUUUUUGCCAUGCAAAAGUGACUCAGACACCACUUGCCGGGACUGUGGAAGUAACGAGUACCAACCAGACUGGAACAAUGAAACAAAAUGUCUCUCACAGAAAUUUUGUGACACAGGAAAGGGCUUUAGCCGUGUUCGCCCGCAAAACCGCCUGGCUGCUGUGCCCUGCCAGUGUAGGCCAGGGUUCCAGUGCUACCUCAGCAACUGCGAGUUCUGCGAGAAGAUCAAGAGCUGCCCCUCUGGCUAUGGACUCACCACAGAAAACUUUGGCCGAGGUUCCUGUAAACCAUGUGAACAUGGACACUUCUCCAAUGAAUCUUCAAUUGAGCCUUGCAGGCCCUGGACUAGCUGCAAAGAACUUGGGAAGACAGAGAAACAACCUGGGAGUGAUACAACAGAUGCAGUGUGUGGACCUCUUAUUGCUGGCACGUCCACGCCAUGGGUUGUAGUGGCAGUCUUGUCCGUGAUAGUCAUCAUUUCCUCAAUCAUCUUGUUCUUGUUUUGCUACAAAGAUAGACUGGAACCUCUCUCUGAAAACUUAAGAACGUGUGUGCAGAAUCUGAAACGAAGUCGGAUACAGCAGGAAACAUCAUUGGCACCCUUCAGCAGUAGCCAUGGACCACAAAACGGCACACUUUAUGAAGUCACCUGCCUGAUUAGCCAGGAGGAUAACGUGCCCAAAUCCCUCAACACCUGCCCAGAUGACAGACUGGCAAACGGUGACUCUGCAACAGCACGACUGGAUCAGGAGGAGGGGCCUGGAGGGCCCUGUGACGAGGCUUUGGGCGGAGUGCCCUCCCCGUUGCCCUCCUCUAGCUCCUGCAGCUGCAUGCUGUCCACCAAGGAGCCGAUGGAGGUGGGGGAGAAUGAGGACUGCAGUCAAGCGGUGGCCACAGGCCUGACCAGGGCCUGCUCCUGUGGCGGAGACAGCGGUACGGGCGGAGGGAACCUUCUCCAGGAGACGUCCCUCUGUAAUGGCUGCUCCACCUGCAGCCUCUCGGCCUGCUCCCGCUGCGCCAACCGGCACGGGUCAUGUGACGCUUGUCUGGAUUUCUGCGGCCGAGCGGCGAAGGCCAGCGCGUCAGAGAACAAGGGCGGCCUCUGCGGCUCGGCUCGAGCGGACGGAGACCACAGACAGAAUGAGCCCUGCUGCUGCAGCAUAGACUCCACCACUGUCCCCAUGCUGUCCUCGGACAGUGAUAACGAGGAGGACGGUAGCCAGCAGGAGAAGCUCUCUGUGAGGGACCUUUCUCUGGAGCUCGAUACCGAGAGCUCCAGUCACACUUCAGACCUCCCCCUGGCAUCCGGUCACGUUAUGGGAAACAGCAACACCACGUUUAUUUCUAAUGGACAGGUUAUGAACUUCAGUGGUGAUGUCAUCGUGGUGUACGUCAGUCAGAACUCUGAAAGCAGUGGAGGAGGCCCAGGGGAGGACUUUUGCAGCCCUGUCCAAGAGGAGUCCAGCGAGGAGGACUUUCAAGGGAUCGCCAAGCCCAAGAUGAGCACUGUGCCACCGGAGGAUGUGCCACACCCUUUACAGGAGGAAACACACCAGCAAUCUGCAACCAAUCACAUGACCCUGCCUGUUCAAGAGAAGCCCAAUUAAUGGCCCCAGGAGAAGAAAGCGUGAAAAACUCAAAAGCAGUGUCUCAUGGGACUGGGAAAUGUAGGCAUAAGCCAAAGCUGGAACCAAUUUUGUCUUUUGCAUUUCAGGUUGUUCUCGUUGCAUUCAGAGUGCUUUGUUAAGAUAAAUGCUGUGCAUUUGUUAAAUAAUAUAUGUAUAUAUUUUCUGUUGUUAUUAUAAGUUAUUAACUUUCCCUGGUCAUCCAGUCCCAGUUGUGUCCAACAUCAUGAAUAACCAAAUGGUGAAAAAGGUACACUUGCAAACAGAAAUCUGAUCUUGUCUUGUCUAUUGAAAAUCCAGUUUGUCUUCCUUUUUGCCAGAGUUGUUUUGAUUUGGUUGUUAGGUAGAAUUAGUGACAUCUGUGUUUAAAGUUGGUCAAACCAUUUUGCCCCACCCACAAGCACAGAUGAGGGUUCAAUUUUGAGUUGCACUGUGAUUGGAUAUUUUGAAUAAAAUCAUUUAGAAAUCAAGGUAGUAAUUUAUGAAUAGCUAGAGUUUGCAUCUAUUUCACUUUCAUUUAUUAUUAAAGCAAUGUAUAAGCAGCCUGUGAUUGGAAUGUAUGCACAUGACAAAUAUAAUGAAUGUAGACAAAAUCCAGCUUUAUGAGGUAUAAAGUAGCACAAUGUCAGAAACAAAGUGGUUUAGUGAAUGAUGUACUGGUCUCAAGAGAGAACACUAAAAGUGGAAAAAGAAAGAGUUUCAGAAAGAAAAAAAACAAUAACUAAAUUCAGAACUCACCAAAGAAGGGUUUGUUUUUUGGAUUUUGUAUUAAUAUAUGUUGGUUUAUAGUACUGACAUAAAUCAGCAUGAGGAUUUUUGGAGGGUUUAUACUUGCCAAUCUUUGGAUUCUGUUAACAGCAAUU